AGGAGAACCGAGGAACUGAGAAAAAAAAUCGACGCGGCUUUGAUUUCCUCGUCCCCGCUUGCCAGCCCACAAUCUGGGAAGUGAGAUUUUGCCUUGAAUCCCGCCUUUUCUUUGAGAGGAAAUAUUCCUUCCCGCGACGACGACCCGACGACGAUUUAACGCCCAGCUAAACAACACCCAAAUCUCCCACAUCGCCGCCUUCCACAAACCGCCAAGAUGGGUCGCAUGCACUCCAACGGAAAGGGCAUUUCUGCCUCUGCCAUCCCCUACUCGCGCAACCCCCCCGCGUGGCUCAAGACCACCCCCGACCAGGUCGUCGAGCAGAUCUGCAAGCUCGCCAGGAAGGGUGCCACCCCGUCGCAGAUUGGUGUUGUCCUCCGUGACUCCCACGGUAUUGCCCAGGUCAAGAUUGUGACCGGUAACAAGAUCCUGCGCAUCCUGAAGUCGAACGGCCUCGCCCCCGAUAUCCCUGAGGACCUGUACAUGCUUAUCAAGAAGGCUGUCUCGGUUCGCAAGCACCUUGAGCGCAACCGCAAGGACAAGGACUCCAAGUUCCGCCUGAUUCUCAUCGAGUCCCGUAUCCACCGUCUGGCUCGUUACUACAAGACCGUCGGCGUCCUGCCCCCCACCUGGAAGUACGAGUCCGCCACCGCCAGCACCCUCGUCGCAUAGAGUGACUUUGGGUUUUUGUUCUGGGGGUGCGCGAGCAUUGGUUGUGGGGAUGCUCGCAUUAAGGGGGUGUUUAACUACUACUUGGUUGGUUUGGUCGUAAACGGAGUUUGGGCAGGAAAAAAGAAUACUACUGCAUUUGUCGACGUCUAUAUGAACUUGACGACGACCCUCAUGACGGUCCUGGGGUCUACCAUCAUUGGCGGGAAGAACCCGUCCAUACCACUAAGAUAGGAGACUGGGCAAGUAAAAAGCCUGAGUUGCGGAAGACCCGCGACCUCUUUUCCAUUGCCAAUGAAGCGCAUCUAUCGUGGUAUCAUCUAUGUUUAAGGAAACAAUGAC